GGAGUCCGCCCACCGGCUUAAAACUCAAUGGAAAUUUCCAGCGCUCUUACUCGCAAGUAUAUCAGCGACCGUGACGGGUGACUGAAGGACAAAAAGGCACAACAAACGUGAAGAAACGCCUAAACAACGCAACUUUUUGUUUACUGUAUUUAUUGAACCAACUAGAAUCUCCUGCGUUUUGCACAUCUUCCUGACCUUCUACCUAAAUCAUCAUGUCUCAACAGCAGAUCAGCCUCCCAGCCAAGCUCAUCAAUGGGGGCAUUGCAGGCAUUGUUGGUGUCACUUGUGUCUUUCCCAUUGACUUGGCAAAGACCAGAUUACAAAAUCAGAGAGCGGGCCAGCAGGUGUAUAAGAGCAUGAUGGAUUGUCUUGUGAAAACUGUCCGAACUGAAGGCUACUUUGGAAUGUACAGAGGUGCUGCUGUCAACCUUACUCUGGUCACUCCUGAAAAGGCCAUCAAACUGGCUGCCAAUGACUUCUUCCGUCAUCACCUUGCCAAUGACGGAAAGGGACUGACUGUGUUGAAAGAGAUGAUGGCAGGGUGUGGAGCAGGCAUGUGCCAGGUCAUUGUCACCACUCCAAUGGAGAUGCUGAAGAUACAGCUGCAGGAUGCUGGCAGAAUUGCUGCCCAGCAACAAAAGCCUGUGAUGAUGGCUCCAGUAAAGCUUGGGACCACAAAUACCCUUCUUAGUCGCUCUUAUAACUCUGGCACGGUGGUGACUGCCCCACGUGCUGUGUCUGCUACACAGAUCGCCAAGGAGCUGCUACAAACCCAAGGCAUCCAGGGGCUCUACAAGGGACUGGGGGCAACACUCAUGAGGGAUGUCCCAUUCUCUAUUGUGUAUUUCCCCCUCUUUGCCAACUUGAACCGUCUAGGGAGGCCCAGUGCAGAGGAGUCGUCUCCAUUUUACUGGGCCUUCCUGUCUGGCUGUGUAGCUGGCUCUUGUGCUGCUGUAGCUGUCAAUCCUUGUGAUGUGGUGAAGACAAGGCUGCAGUCUCUAAACAAAGGGACAAGUGAAGAGUCAUAUAAUGGGGUUAUGGACUGCAUCAGUAAAAUUAUGCGGAAAGAGGGACCUUCUGCCUUCCUGAAAGGAGCAGGCUGCAGAGCCCUGGUCAUUGCUCCUCUGUUUGGAAUUGCACAGGUUAUGUACUUUGUGGGAGUUGGAGAAUAUAUCCUAGAUAACUCACCACUGAGGCUGCUUGAUUGAAUAUGAACCUUAGAAGAUGGCUGGCUAUGCAUCGGGAACAUCUGAGUCAAGACAACUGUACACCUGGCAGCUACCAUUGGUUUACAUUUUUUAAAGGUCUUGUUGGACUAUUUUGCAAAACUUCAGGAUUGUAAAAAGCCUGAUUUUUGCCUUCAGUAUGGUCUGACCGCUGUGUUGCACUUAACACUUGUGACUUACUCAGCAGGCCAGGGCAAAUGUUUGCACUUACAGCUAGCCUUACCAAUUUGGGGGACCUGUUCCAGUGUUACUCAUAUGUCCCUAAAACGGUCUAGUUCCGUUCCCUCCAUGAGGGAAAUCGUAAACCAGUUAUAAAUGUAUGUCUACAUUUUUGUGUUUAAUACCUGAAUGGAGUGGCUUGCAGUACUUUUUUUGAUUGCAGUCUUUUAUAACAGACUUGCAAUUAAGGUGUUUAAAAAAAAAACACACAUUAUUUAUUGCUAAGAGAUUUACUUUGACCUUUUACACACCAUUUCAAGUUACUGUGAGUCUGACUUAUCAUUAACCUUCCAUUAAUACUGGGACCAUUCAAUAAGUGUUCUGUGUCCUCUUCAAUACUUGAUAUUGUUUUAAAGUAAUCUGAAAACUUGAUGCACCAUCAAUUUGUCUGUUACAAAAUAUAUGUGUUCUAUAUGCAUACCAUUUGUUUGACUUGUGGUUUAUGCCUUAAAAGAGAUUGUGCUCUUGGCCAAACAUGCAUAAUUUGCAACAGAAUAUGUGAAAACUGUUUUAUAUGUAUAAAAGCUUUUUGUACAAUGUAAAUAAAAAAAAUGUACAUGAUACUGAA